CCUAAUCACAUACAUAGAUCACAUGCCCCUGUAUAAUGAAUGAUGACAAUACAUAUUGUUAAAAAAAAUGUAUGGUAUAUAAUAUCUAGUGACCUAUACAUCAACUUCCAAAAAAAAAAUUAUAGUGUCGACAUCGUUUUCCUGUCCACGCGCUUCUUUCCUUUCUCUAUUAUCAUUCUUCUCUCCUAGUUAAAUACUACACGAUCCAGUACCUUCCUUUCUUCCUUCAAAUCUUCCAACUCAAUCUCGUUCUUCUCGGGUCUAAUUAUAUCAACCUUAAUUUCUCCGACUCUCCAACCCCUCCGUGUUGAGACCUUGAACAACAUGAGUUCGAGUCCAUCAACGUACGAGGAAUCGCAACCCCACCCGCCCCAAGAAAUAGAUUGGCACAUGCUCGACAAGUCCAAGUUCUUCUGCCUAGGAACAGCCCUCUUCUCCGCCGUCUCCGCCGCCCUCUACCCCGCCGUCGUUUUGAAGACACGUCAGCAAAUGUCCGCGGCCGAAAUCUCGUGCCGCCACAUGUCGCGCUCCAUCAUGCGGUAUGAGGGUCUCCGAGGUUUCUACCGAGGUUUCGGCACCUCCUUGUUGGGAACAAUCCCUGCACGUGCGCUUUACAUGUCGGCGCUAGAAGUAACCAAGAGUAAAGUCGCCUCCGCCACCCUUCGAUGGGGUUUCUCCGAUGCCUCUGCCACUGCAAUCGCUAAUGCCGCAGGAGGAGUAGCUUCUGCCAUGGCAGCACAGUUGGUGUGGACCCCAGUCGAUGUUGUUAGCCAGAGACUCAUGGUACAAGGAGUGUGCUACAGAAAUGGUUUUGACGCAUUCAGAAAAAUUCUGGGCGUGGACGGUCCAAGAGGGUUCUACAGGGGAUUCGGGGUUUCCAUCGUGACCUACGCUCCCUCCAACGCGGUCUGGUGGGCUUCGUAUUCGAUCGUGCAGAAGCUCAUCUGGGGCACGAUGGGUUCGAAGGAGGGUUUGAGCUUGGGACGCGAUUCGAGGGUGGUGAUGGGGGUGCAAGGGUUAAGUGCAGUUAUGGCAAGUGGGGUUUGUGCAUUAGUGACGAUGCCAUUGGAUACGAUAAAGACGAGGUUGCAGGUGUUGGAGGCAGAGGAAGUGAGGGUCAUUGAGGUGGUAAGAGAUUUGGUGAGGGAAGGAGGAGUUUUGGCUUGUUAUCGAGGGUUGGGACCAAGGUGUGUGUCCAUGUCCAUGUCUGCCGCCGCCAUGAUUACUACCUAUGAGUUCUUGAAACGUGUGUCGGCUAAGAAUGUUGAUAGAUUAGCACUGUAUUCAGUCUAGAACUAAAAAAUAUGAUUUCCCAUAAAAAAAAAAUGAUCUCCAUGAUUAUUUAUUAAGAAAUUUGA